AUGAUCGCGUACAUUUCGCUUCUGUUGACGAUCAUUUUGUCGCUCAAUCCCAGCACAACCGCUACCGCCCACAGUAACUCCUUCGAUGCAAUAAAAGGAUGCCUUCAGUUCGACGAUGUUCCGGGCUACAAUGACUCGCAGAUGUACUUUGCGACGAGCAGCUUCCGCAACGUGGGUCACACCAGCAACUCGCGGUACUUCCGGAUCGGCAUCGUAGGUGCCAACGAUGGACAUAUCCGUUUCGGGCGAUCCGCGUACCCGUUCGACGAGACCGUCAUAGAGCUUGUGCUGAGCGGGUGGAGUAACACACAGUCCGUGGCUCGACGGCAGACACGUCGCCGGAAUCAGAGCUUUAACAAUGUGCUGCUGAAGGAGGCUUCCACGCCAAAACUGUUGUCCAAAUCGCGUCCGUUCGUGUUCCGGAUGGAAGUGUUCGACAACGGGCGUGUUCAGCUGACGAAGGAUGGCGAACGGUAUCCGUUUUUCGAAUACAACGACACCCAGCCCGCGAUUAGUCCGGAUUAUAUCGCGUUCACCAAGUGGGACGUGGAUAUGAUCUAUUUCUAUGAUUGUCCCCUGAAUGAGGAUGGCGUGAGUGGAAAUGCAAGCGAGGACUCGGUGCUUUUGCGGUGCAGCUUAGCAUAAACCCGCACGGGGACAACGAAGAAGAUCUUUGGUGCGAAUGAAUUUAGGAUGCACCCA